ACCCGGACAGCAGCUUGUAUAAAUUAAAAUAGAACUUUGUUUUACAAAAAUCACAAAGCCCUGGAGCUCAGACAGCUGUCGUAUUUAAGCUGUCUUCCUCCAAGUUCUUCGGGCGCAUUCUUGUGGAGGAGUAUCAGCACCAGUGAAACAUGGCCAGCAGAAAGACCAAGAAGAAGGAAGGAGGAGCCAAGAGGGCACAGAGAGCCUCCUCCAAUGUCUUCUCCAUGUUUGAGCAAACGCAGAUCCAGGAGUUCAAGGAGGCUUUCACUCUCAUUGAUCAGAACAGGGAUGGGUUCAUCGAUAAGGAAGACCUGAAGGACACAUAUGCCUCUCUGGGUAAACUGAAUGUGAAAGAGAACGAGCUGGAGGAAAUGCUAAAGGAAGCCACCGGCCCCAUAAACUUCACUAUGUUCCUUAAUCUGUUUGGAGAAAAGCUACAUGGCACGGACCCAGAGGAAACCAUUUUAAAUGCCUUUAAAAUGUUUGAUCCUGAUGGCAAGGGGCAUAUUCACAAAGAUGAAUUACAACGUGUUCUGAUGACACAGGCAGACAAGUUCACAGCAGAAGAGGUAAAGCAGAUGUUUCAGUCUUCCACCAUUGACCAAUCAGGGAACCUGGAUUACAAGUCCCUUUGUUACAUCAUCACACAUGGAGAGGAGCAGGAAGAGUAAGAGAGCCAAUCAGGGCCCAGAGUCACUGCUGUUUGCUCAGUGCAGACUGUAAUCCCUUGCAGGCAUUCUCCUGAGCUCAAGGUCCAAAGCUCAAUGCA